ACUUUAACCAAAUUAAACAGAACAGGUUUCAGAUACACGUACUUCGAAACAAAACUAGAGACUUUUCACCUUUCCACUGACAGAGACUUGAAAAAGUUUGAAACCCUAACUGGAGUGGAGACAAAGUAGAUACGGUCAAAAAAUUUCAUGACGAUUGAACUAUCUAAAUCUCGAUCUCGCUCCGUUUUGAUCUAAUCAGACAGAUAACAUGCAAGAAGGCAGAGAGAGACGAGUUCGUUCGAAGCGAUCAGGUGAUAGAGUAAAGAAAGUAGAUCGGCUGAGGAACUUACCAGAUUGCUUGCUUUUUAAGAUUCUCUUGAAUCUUCCCACGAAGGAUGUGGUUAGGUGUAGUGUACUAUCCCGCCGAUGGAGAAAUGUCUGGAGAUAUGUACCUGGAUUGAACUUGAAAUGUGGUGAUUUCAUGGUGGCUAACUGUGAUGAUUCCUCGGAUUUCAACUCUUUGUUGGGUUUCGUUUAUAGGUUUCUAGGUUUUAACAAUGAGUCUUGCUUACAAAAGUUUAGGUUAACGGUUAAUUGGUAUGACGAUGCUCCGCUUGAUACUGCUCAUUUCACCCAGUGGUUCAAAGCUGUUGUUGAGCGGAAAGUUCAACAUAUCCAUGUCCGGGACAGUACUUGGGGGUUGGAUAGAGUGAUGAUGACCCCCCAUAGUUUACACGUGACGUGUGAGAGCUUGAUAUCCUUAAACCUCUAUGACGUAUACUUGCCUAAUCCCGAGUUUGUGUCUCUACCUUCUCUCAAAGUUAUCGUUCUAGAUGAAGUUGAGUUGGUGAGCAGUUUGGCUAUCGAAAUGCUAAUCUCAGGCUGCCCUGUUCUCGAAAGCUUAACUGUAAAAAUGAUUAACACUUCCUACGGUUUAGAAAGUUUUCAAGUGUGUUCUCAGUCUCUAUUGAGGUUCACUCAUGAAUCAUACAUGGGUUUAAUUAGUCCUACUAGGUUUGACUUUCUAGCAGUUUCAAUUGAUGCUCCUAGGCUUGAGUAUCUGAGGCUCCGUGAUAAGCGAACUGCAAAUUACACAAUAAAAAAUCAUGGUUCCCUUGUUGAGGUGGAUAUCGAUGUUGUUAACUUGAGGUUCAAAAGGAAGUUUGAUCCAAAUGAUCUACCAAAGAGACAGAUGAUUCGUAAUUUUCUUAUCGGGAUAUCUUAUGUUAAAGAUAUGAUCAUCUCUUCGAGUACUCUUGAGGUCAUAUAUGAUUACUCAAGAUGUGAACAACUAUCCUUAUUCCAUAAUAUAUCUUUCUUGCGUGUUGAAUUCACCGACUACAGGUGGGAAAUGUUGCCAAUCUUUCUUGAGAGCUGUCCGAAUCUAAAAUCUCUUGUCUUGGGAUUUAGAUUACGUCCACGGGAGGACGGAGCUAGUAUUUUACCUGGACCACGGCGGUUUCUAACAUCUCUCGAGUAUGUUAAGAUUGUAAAGCCGAUGGCAGCGGAGGCGAGCGAGAUAAGACUGAAACUAGUGAGUUACUUUCUAGGGAACUCCACAAUCCUCAAAAAUCUCACACUAUUCUUAGGUAACUUUAGAGAGAAGGAAGAAUCUGUCAUCGUCAAGAAACUCCUUACCAUUCCAAGACUCUCUACCUCAUGCCAAGUUUUCAUUAUCUGAAUCUGAUCCUCAGUCUUUAUUUUAGUGAUGAACGUACAAGGUUGUCUUUUGAGUACUAUGUUAUCGUGAACUUUGUUUUUUUCUUCAUUUUAUCUAUCGUUAACUUGUAAGAGAAUCAUAUGUUUGAUUGUUUGGUAUUUUGUCAAAUAUGACUAGUAAUGCUUUCUCGCC